CACAUUUCCGGUCAAAACGUGUUCAUCUGUUAUGGAGUGAACAGCUAGCGUUGAUUGCCUAAAAAUUGCUUUGCAAGGCAUCUGAUAAAAUGCAGAGCCUGAGUCGCAUAGGAAGAUGAAGAUGGGAAUCACAAAUAUUUCUCUCUACUAUCUCCUCCUCCUCUUUGUCACUCUCAUACCCAACUUCACAGCUUCUCAAGUUCUGUUUCAGGGAUUCAACUGGGAGUCAUGGAAGAAGGAUGGAGGAUGGUACAACUUCUUCAUAACCAAGGUUCCUGACCUGGCCGAUGCUGGGAUUACUCAUGUUUGGCUCCCUCCGCCUUCUCAGUCUCAUUCAGAUGGCCCUCAAGGGUACUUGCCGGGAAGGCUCUACGAUCUCGAUACAUCAAAAUAUGGAAACCAUGAUGAACUGAAGAAGCUGAUAAAAGCCUUCCAAGACAGGGGGGUCAAGUGCAUAUCUGACAUAGUUAUAAACCACAGAACUGCAGAGAAGCAAGAUAGUGAUGGACUGUUUACCAUUUUCGAAGGAGGGACACCAGAUGAUCGCCUUGACUGGGACAAAUCUUUCAUUUGCAAAAAUGAUAAACCUAUUUCUGGCACAGGAAAUCUUGACACAGGAACUGAUUUUGACAAGGCCCCGGAUACUGACCACACAAACCCACGAGUCCAAAGAGAGCUAUCAGAUUGGUUGAACUGGCUAAAGACCGAAACCGGGUUUGCUGGGUGGCGAUUUGAUUUUGGCUUUGGAUUUUCCCCAGCAUAUUUUAAGAUGUAUAUCGCAAAUACAAAGCCAAAUUUUGCAGUAGGCGAAAUAUGGCCUGAUUUUGGUAACUUUAACAUUGACAAGCAGGAUGAUAAUCGACGCCUGAUUGCGAAAUGGAUAGAUGAUGUUGGAGAAGGUGUCACAGCUUUUGAUUUUACAUUAAAAGGUGUACUUCAAACUGCAUUAGUGCAGGGGGAGCUGUGGCGUUUGAAUAUCUCAGGAGGUGCUCCCGGAGUGAUUGGCUUGAAGCCAGGAAAUGCUGUGACUUUCAUAGACAAUCAUGAUACAGGUUCCACCCAAAGUGUGUGGCCAUUCCAAAGUGACAAAAUCAUGCAGGGAUAUGUUUACAUUCUUACUCAUCCAGGGAUCCCAUCAGUAUUUUAUGAUCACUUCUUUGAUACCUUCAACGGAGGUAUCAAAGGUCCGAUCACUGAACUCAUUAAGAUCCGAUCGAGAAAUGGGAUCAAACCCACCAGUUCCUUGCGAAUUCUAGCGGCUGAUGCGGAUGUCUAUGUAGCUGCUAUAGACGAGAAGAUUAUUGCCAAGAUUGGUCCAAGUGAUGCCAAAGUUCCACAACUCAUCCCUUCUAAUUACAAACUCGCUACUUCUGGUGACCAGUAUGCUGUGUGGGAGAAAACAGCAUAGGGUAUAUAUUAUCAGUAAUCAUCUAAACUGAAAAGGAAUAAACAAGGGAUCAUAUGAUGCCUUUGUAAUAAAAUUAAUGUUUUAUCAUUACUGAUGAAAGUUAAGCAAAAUAAACCAUCUUUUUAUCCA